AUGCCUCCCAAGUCCCUCGAACUAAAGCCAGACUCCUAUCGCUUCUUCCAAUCUCAAUUCACCAAGCCUGUCUGGCCUCCCAAGGAAACCUCUCUCGCCAACGGUACUGGCAUCAUCACUGGUGCCAAUGUCGGUCUUGGAUUCGCUGCAGCCGAGGCCGUGCUCGCCCUCAACCUCAGUCACCUUGUAAUCGCAGUCCGCACAGUCUCCAAGGGUGAGGCUGCAGCAGCCAAGCUCCGACGCAAGUUCCCCAAGGCCAAGAUCGAUGUGUGGCAGGUCGACAUGCUCUCACACGAGAGCGUCCAGACAUUUGCCAAAAAGUGUGAAACCCUGAAUCGAAUCGACUUUGCCAUUCUCAACGCAGGCACUCAAAACAUGGCCUUCACCAGGAGCCCUGAGGGUCACGAGUCCACGUUCCAGGUCAACUACCUCUCAACUGUCCUCCUCGCCACUCUCCUCCUGCCCACCCUCAAGAAAAAGGCACCGGCGGGAAAGCCAGGCCGUCUCACCAUCGUCAACUCUGGAACAUCACUAAUGGUCAAUGUGCCGGAUCCAAAAGACGAGUCGGCGCUAGCGUGGUACGAUGACGAGUCCAAGUUCUCACCUGCGAGCACGUACUGGUACUCCAAGGCUCUCGCGCACUUUUGGAUCAUCAAGCUGGCGGAGCGUGUCAAUCCAGACGAUGUUAUCGUUAACCUUGUUGAUCCGGGGUUGGUCAGAAGCACAGAUCUACAGCGAAACGCCAACUUUAUCGUACGCACCAUCGCCUGGGUUGCCAAGUGGAUCAUUGCGCGAUCUCUGGAGCAGGGAGCGAGCACUUUCGUAGAUGCUGCUAUUGUGAAGGGCAAGGAAACUCAUGGUUCAUAUGUCAUGGACUGGAAGAUCUUUCAGCGGUGUAUGAGGAUUACGAUGCUUUCAUUUGUUGAUGUUAAUGGUAUUCUAAACUCAUUGUCGGAGAAGAAGUAA